AUGUCGGCCACUGCCAAACCUCCGGCACUUCCAGAUCCUGAUGAUACCCCCGGGCUGCGGGCACACCAGGCAUGUCGCCACUGUGUUCAGAUCGAAGCGAAAUGCGUUCCAGUGGAAGGAUCUAGCAACUCGAUCUGCGUUAGAUGUCACCCCUUGGGCAAACCAUGCACCACCCCGGCACUGCUUCCACGCAAGCGGCGCAAUAAUGGGAAACUGACCCGGGUUUCACAGUUGGAGGAAAAGAUCAACACUCUGACUGAUCUCUUGAGGUUGAAUAGCGGCGGUUUGAGCGCAAAUGCACGGGCUGACCUUGUUUCUGCUCAAACUGGUUGUGCCCAGUAUUCUCAGCCUAGUCCUACUGUUGUUCCGGAAAGUGUCGCUGGCUUGCCCAAUGGACUAUGGUCUGCCUCGCUCUUGGUUCUUCCAACGUCAAUGACGGUUCCUGGUGAAAGUAACGACAACGACCCUAUACAGAGGGAAUCCGUUGUCGGUGAAUCAACGUUCUGUUCAAGGUCGAGUAAAACAGAGGAACCCGCUGGUUCCAAUACACGCGGCCAUUUUCGAGUCAGCUUGGCUCCAGUGUUGGAAGAAAAGCUACUGAGUGAUUUCGGUACACAGAUGAACAUACAAUUCCCUUUUGUGGUGAUUCCACCCAAGGCAACAGCUGCUGCUCUUCGUGAAGAGAAACCGUUCCUCUUCUGGACUUGCAUCACGGCCGCUGCUCAAGCAGACCCAUCGCUACUACGACAAAUGGCGGACGACUUGAUGAGAUACAUCGGAGAUCGCAGGUUGAUGAAAGGAGAGAAGUCCAUUGAUCUCUUGCUAGGGCUAUUGGUAUUCAGCACCUGGUACCAGUGCUACAAUCAAAACAAUCCCAAGCCCGCAGUGCUGGCCCCGAUCGGCAUAGUGGUUGAUGCAGCCCAGAUGUUUCACGGCAGAUUAGUCAACCAAGGCAUCCAGACCUCUGACGACCGACGAGCCCAUCUCGGAGUCUAUAAUCUUUCGGGACAGUUAUCUUCGUGCCUUCGGAAAUCAGAUCCAAUGCGCUGGACGCAAUAUUUGGAAGACUGUUGCAAUGCUCUCACCGACGCAGCAGAGUAUCCCUCCGAUACCUAUGCUGUUCAGUUGGUCCGACUGCAUCGGGUCAUAGAGAUAUAUUCUUCCUCUCUCAGCCUGAUGGCGACAUCGACUGUACCUAUACGAAGUUUCAUGACUUGUUUUAAAAGAGAUCUCCAGCAAUAUCAAAGGAGCUUGCCUCCCAGUAUUGCCGAAAACAAACUCCUGGAGAUGCAGAUUCAAAGCGCUUAUUCGCAGUCAAGGCGGACAUAG